GCCAGAUGGACUUGGCCAGCUGCACCAUCAGGUUGAUGGGCAGGAAGGCCAUCAUGUAGCUGAGAAGCCCCUCCUGAAACACACGGAGCCAUUGACAGAUACAGCCGGAAUCGCCUUUAGUGCGUGUGGCUGCCUCACCGUGCCGCUGAUCUGGUCGCACAAGGCUCUUUCCCUCUCAGCCCGACGCUGUCGCUCCUCGUCGCUCUCAGCACCACCACCACCACCACCACCAGACGCAGCAGCAGCAGCAGCAGCCGAUGAAGAUGCUGCCGGUACGUUGCUACGGCGAGACCUUUUAACCUGCACCCACACACCCAACACACAAACACAGCCAUCCCCUCAGAUGACAGGUGCCAUUCAUUGGAGGCGGUGCUGUGAUGCACCUCACCUGUCUACCGUCCUCCUCCAU